CAACACUAAAAACUAAAUAACACAUAUUUAUAUUGCCCAUUAUAAAUUAAAAAAAAACGUUAUAGUUUGUGUCUUUGUGAAGUUAAUUAUUUUGUAAAAAACAGCAAAGCAAAAGAGAAUAAAGAGGAAACAGAGUACAGUUGGCGUCGUCACAGAGAAAAGGAGUAGGUGGAUGGAGCAUGUGCCGGGAUCGUUCGGCACCAGCGCUAGCUUCGCUCUUCGUUUCGGCCAAAUCAUAUUCUCCUCCGCUUCUCUCAUCUUCAUGUGCUUGGAUUACGACUUCUAUGACUUCACUACCUUCUGCUAUUUGACGACGGUGAUGGCUUUCGUAACUCCAUGGAGCAUCUCACUUGCACUGGCCGAUACAUACUCUGUUUUACUCAAACAACUUCCUCACGAACCAAGACUCCUGUCCAUGGUUCUCGCCGGUGAUAUCGUAAUGUCGUUUCUUUCACUGGGUGGUGCUUGUGGUGUAGCCAGUGCAACUGAGCUGCUUUCGUCUAUGGGUGCACCCAUCUGCGGUGAUAACCUCUGUAGCCAAUACCAAGUCUCGGCUACAUUGGCUUUCUUGUGUUGGUUUCUGUUACUUGCUUCUGCUCUUUUCAAUCUUUGGAGUUUACCUUCUUUAUUAUACUGACAUGGCUUACAUUACAUAUAUAGAUAGGAGUCAUAAUAACAACAAUAGAACAUGAAUGUACAUUUCAUUUACUCAAGAACAUAUUCCGUUAAUGUGAAGUAAAUUAUACCA